AUGCCUACAGACGCGCCUGACGAAGCGAACGUCGACGAUACACACCCCAUAGAAGACCCGAGCACACCCACACCCACGGACGACCCAGACACAGCCAAGGGAGACACAGACAGCCCUACGGCAAAUAACCAGGACGACAGCGUACAGGAUACCACGGCAGAUGAGAAGGAGAGGGAGAAGAGCAGUGAGGUGGAUGAGCCCAGCGAUGAGACGACGGUCGAAGCGCUGAAGGAACCAGCCAAGGCUACACCAAAUGCACAGGACAGUGAGGGCAAGAGGCCCAAAAUGGGGAUAAAG